ACCCUUUUAGGUCAAUCAGCCAUGGCCGCAGCAGAAAUCCCUAGUUAUGUUGUUUCUCCUCAGACUGAGAAACACAGGAGGGCCAGGAACUGGACGGAUGCAGAGAUGAGAGGCUUGAUGCUGGUCUGGGAAGAAUUUUUUGAUGAAUUGAAACAAACUAAGCGGAAUGCCAAAGUUUAUGAGAAAAUGGCUAAUAAACUCUUUGAAAUGACUGGGGAGCAUCGCCACGGAGAAGAGAUUAAGAUCAAAAUCACCAACAUGACAUUCCAGUACAGGAAAUUAAAAUGCAUGACUGAUAGCGAGUCUGUUCCACCCGACUGGCCUUAUUAUAUAACCAUUGAUAGAAUACUGUCCAAAGUCACUGAAUACAAUGACGUGAAACUGCAGGAGAGCCAGCAGCCCGGGCCUUCCACGUCCCAGACCGAGGCGUCUCUGUCGCCGUCCGCUAAGUCCACCCCUCUGUACUUACCGUAUAACCAGUAUUCAUAUGAAGGAAGGGAAGAGUGCUACGAGGAUGACCGCUCAGAGAGCUCCUCCAGCUUACUCUCUUUUAAGUUAAGAUCAGAAGAAAGGCCAGUCAAAAAAAGGAAAGUACAGAGCUGCCAUUUCCAAAAGAAAAAACUCAAACUGAUGGAAUCAAUGUUGGAGGAGCAAAAGAAACUGAGUCGGGCAAUGGAAGAAACCUGUCGGGAGGUGCGGCGAAUUCUGGACCAACAGAACAUAAUCCAGGUUCAGAGCCUCCAGCUCCAGGAGCGCAUGAUGAACCUGCUGGAGAAGAUCAUCUCCAAGUCCAAUGUCUAGUUAGUAGUCUCACCAAAUUCUACUGCCAGCCCAAUCCUAUCAUGGAAAGAUCGUCUGCCCAUACCCACAUUACACUGCCUCUUCAUAGGAUUUGGCAGACAGCACAUCUUAGAAAAAAAGGAAAAGAGAAAGCUAAACCAGCACAAGAUAUACAACCAUGGUUGAGAAAGAGAAGAUCAUUAAUCACCACAGCCUAUGCCAGCCCUGCACUCUGGUGGCAAGCAAAGAAAGAGGUUGUAUAACUCUAUGUCUCAUCACCAGGUUCACCAUGGAUGAUGCAUUUUUCAACUAUAGCUACUCUUGAAGGCUAUGUACUUAGUUAAACUAUGGAGGAGAUUCACACCAUUGAAAUCAUAGAUCAUUGAAGUACUGAAGCAUAACAUUCCAACUAAGGUUAAUUGUCUUAAUUAUUUUUGUAUUUUCAAAGGUCAAGGGACUUCUAGCUUGCAGGAACUGAAUUUUUACUGUGUUAUUUCUGGGUCAUUCUCAGCCUGGAAGCUUGGGCAAAUUUGUCAUGGAUCAGGCUAGUCUGACAUGAGACCUGACAUGAGAGGUCACCUUUGGGAAUGGGGCAUAGAGUUUCUUGCUAUUUCUGGCUUUGUCCAAAAGAGUGCCCUAUCCUCAACCCCCACCUUAGGAGAUCCCAGUGUAGGUCAAACAAUACAAUUCAUUUGAAACCCACUGUCUGAUGGGCCUUAAUAUUGAUCGUGAAAAUCCAUGUUCAUGCCCGAACAAAUUAGCAUUAAAAGUACCAACCUCACAUAUAUAUGUAUAUAUGUAGAUAUAUAUAAUGUAUGUGCACAUAUAUACAUAUAUAGUAAUUGUUAAAAAUACUUGAAGUUGUUUUGAUAAUAAAUGUAUAAUUUUUUCAUUAUUAAAUGGAAUAAUAGUUUACUUUAAAAAAUUGAGCAAUGGAUGACAUCAUCAAUUAGG